CCAGCCGGAGCGGCGGCGGCGGCGGCGGCGGCGGCGGCGGCGGCGGCAGCGGCAGCGGCAGGACCGCCGUGGCGCCGGGAGCAGCGACCCGGAGGGAGCGUGAGGCGACGCUGGCUGCGGGCACCCGGUGACAGCGCGAGAGGUACUAGCUUUUACAAGUUUGCACCAUGCGUGAGUAUAAGCUAGUCGUUCUUGGCUCGGGAGGCGUUGGAAAAUCUGCUCUGACUGUACAGUUUGUUCAAGGAAUUUUUGUUGAAAAAUAUGAUCCUACGAUAGAAGAUUCUUAUAGAAAGCAAGUUGAAGUAGAUGCACAGCAGUGUAUGCUUGAAAUCUUGGAUACUGCAGGAACGGAACAAUUCACAGCAAUGAGGGAUUUGUACAUGAAAAAUGGACAAGGCUUUGCGUUAGUUUAUUCCAUCACAGCACAGUCCACAUUUAAUGAUUUACAAGAUCUGAGAGAACAGAUCCUUCGAGUUAAAGACACGGAUGAUGUUCCAAUGAUUCUGGUUGGUAAUAAGUGUGACUUGGAAGAUGAAAGAGUUGUAGGAAAGGAACAAGGUCAAAAUCUAGCAAGACAAUGGAACAACUGUGCAUUCUUAGAAUCCUCUGCAAAAUCAAAAAUAAAUGUUAAUGAGAUCUUUUAUGACCUAGUGCGACAAAUUAACAGAAAAACUCCAGUGCCUGGGAAGGCCCGCAAAAAGUCGUCAUGUCAGCUGCUUUAAUAUACUAAAUGCAUUGUAGCUCUGAGCCAGGUCUGAAGAACUGUUGCCCAAUUCAACAGUGCCAGCAUUCCAACUUUGUUAAACCUACCAACAUCUUAAAUGGACUUUCUGUGGUGGUACCCUUUAAGAGGCGGAUGAAAACUACUACAUCAGUUUGCACAUUCUAAUCACUUUCCAGUAUCACAGAGAGAUUUUUACUUAUAUAAUAGUCCUAGAGUAUGCAGCUGGUAAAACCAGAGGCUACAAUCCAGUAUUACUGCUAAGAGACAUUUUUCAUCCACCAAUGUUGUACAUGUAUGAAAAUGGUGUACUGUAUACUUAAACACACCCCAUACUUUGUAUUGGAGAGUACAAUAAUGUAAAUCCUAAAAGCACCACUAUUUUAGCAUAAUAAAAGAAAGUCCAAAGAGCUCCUAUAUAGACUACUCCAGAUAACUUUGCUUCUUUGAUACUUGUAGCUUAUUGUAAUUUUUUUUAAGAAAUUCAAGGUCAUUAUCAUUGUAUUGUACAAAUAAGCGCUUUGAUUAACACAGCUAUAUAGUUUUUUUAAUUUUUAAAAAACCUGUGGAGACAGUGAUCUUGUCUUUAAAAUAUGAUAGUCCUUUCGGUAUAAUGUCUUAGAUUAAAGACGUUGCCUUUAAUAUCUGUUGGGAAGGAAAUGUCCAGACUUUUCAAAUCUUUUAUUAUAUGUUUCCUUUUUUGUUUACAUAGGGAACAAUGUUUAUAGUUGUGUGUACAGUGGGGGUCUACAACAAGAAGUGUAUAUUUUCAAACAGUUUUUUAAUGAUUUAACAAUUUUUGUAAAUCAUUUUCAGGCUUCUGCAGCUGUAGAUUCUCACUGUGAAUCCCCUGCUUGCUCAUGCAUAAGUGUAUUUGCAAUACCAAAUAUACAGGUUUAGUAUUUUUGCCUGUUAGUGAUUGUUUCCUAUGUGUAACGUUUUGGUUGAGAUGUUAAAUGGUGGAAGAGUACUGUGGAUGUGAAUGUGGGAAGUAAUUUUAAUCAUGUGUAAUUGGUCACAAGGCCUAAGUUGCAGUAACUAUUGCUGUUUUAUUUAACAAUGCCUUGUUGCUUUGUAUGCAUUAACGUUUGGGUGUAAAGAUUGUGUGUCUAUCCAACAGGGAGCCACAGUAUUUAAAUUGACCAACCUAAUGUUACAACUACUUUUGAGGUGGCCAAAUGUAAACUAAAAGCCUUAAUUAAAGUGGUGCAAUUUUGUAUAACUUAGCAUCAGUAGUUGAAUAAAUUUGGAUUGCCAUGCAAGGGCUUGCAUUAUAA